AUGACCCACAGAAAUAACACCAGAAUAACUGAAUUUAUUCUAUUGGGAUUUGCAGUUCGACAAGAACUACAGUAUGUCCUCUUUCUAGUGUUUCUGGUCAUUUACAUGACUUCUCUAGUGGGCAAUAUUGGAAUGAUUCUGCUCAUCAAGUUUGAUGCCCGCCUUCACACUCCCAUGUACUUUUUCCUCCAAAACUUGGCUGUGGCUGAUCUCUUUUACACCUCUUCCAUCACUCCCAAAACAUUACUAAACUUCCUGGUCUCAGACAAAUCUAUCUCAUUCUCUGGGUGUGUGAUGCAAUUAUAUGUUUAUGGCAUAUUUGUCACAAGUGAAUUAUAUCUUCUGGCUGCCAUGGCUGUAGAUCGUUAUGUGGCGAUCUGCAACCCACUCCGUUAUUCAGUUGUCAUGUCUCAGAGGGUCUGUAUCUUCCUGGUCACUGGAUCCUUUCUCAUGGGUUCUCUGAAUGCCACCACAAAUAUAGGCUUUCUUUUUUCACUGUCCUUCUGCAAUUCCAACAUAAUCAAUCAUUUCUUUUGUGAUUUGCCCCCAAUCCUGACACUUUCCUGUUCUAAUAUUUAUUUCAAUGUCAUGUUGUUAAUCAUUUUUGUGGGCUUUAACUUGUCAAGUACCUUGCUGGUUGUUUUCUUCUCCUAUAUUUACAUUCUGGCUGCCAUACUGAGGAUACCCUCAGCCACAGGGAGACACAAAGCCUUCUCAACUUGUGCCUCCCACUUCAUUGCUGUCACCAUUUUCUAUGGCACUCUCUCUUACAUGUAUUUACAGCCGUCAUCCAGUGAAACAGAAGAGAAUGAUAAGUUAUCCUCUGUCUUUUAUGGUAUUGUGAUACCCAUGCUGAACCCUCUGAUUUACAGUCUGAGGAACAAGGAGGUAAAAGAGGCUGUAAAAGUUCUCUUAAAAAGAGGUUCCUGA